UACACUCUCUCUCUCGCUCUGCCAAUCACGGGGCAAAGCCGCAUACAAGCAUUGGGCACAAUGUUCAAUGUUCCCUUCUAGUCCUGACGUGCACCUUGGCGGAAUUCUUGAAAAUUCUGUGCGAAACUCCAUCAACAUUUUAUCGGCAAAUCAGUCCGGUGUGCUCCGGUGUCGCACCUGUUCUUGUAACAUCGUGUCUACAGUAGCUAGUGACAGGUAUACAAUCAGAAUGUAAGUCUAAAGAACCAACUCAGCAGCUUUAGCGAAUAGGUAUGGAGAAAGAAUGUGACUUCGAGGAAAAUAAAAAAUGUUUGUAAGGGAUCCCUGCGGUAUUGUUUGCAUUAUCGUUACGUAUAUCGCUGUGUUUUAUGCUGACUACGUCGUUGUGCGAUGGAUUGUUCUACAUACAAUGCAAGACAGCUUAUGGGGUCCUUUUCAUGUGGUGACAUUCAAUACGAUAGUUUUACUGCUUAUGAUGUCUCAUCUGAAGGCAGUCUGCAGCGAUCCUGGUCUCGUACCUCUUCCACAGACAAGGAUGGACUUUUCAGACAUCCAUACAGGUGGAAACAGGGAUGAAUCUGACGAAAGAGAUGAUUGGACAGUGUGUACUCGUUGUGAAACUUAUAGACCACCAAGAGCCCAUCAUUGCAAGAUAUGCAAACGAUGUAUCAGGAGAAUGGAUCAUCACUGUCCAUGGAUAAAUAACUGUGUGGGGGAGCGAAAUCAGAAAUAUUUUAUACAAUUUCUGGUGUAUGUUGGUAUACUAGCCUUAUACGCUAUAACACUGGUCAUCCUCUCUUGGGUCUUCGAUUGUCCUGAAUGCAGCGUUGACGUGGCAAUAAAACAAAGUCGCAUUCUACAUUGCGUCAUACUUGUACUGGAGUCGGCGUUAUUUGGAAUGUUUGUGGUAGCAAUUCUGGUGGACCAGUUUCAAGCUAUUUUAGGCGAUGAGACAGCUAUAGAAAGAAUUCAAGGAAACCAUCAUCAUCAGCAUGCCAAUAAAACUACCCCUCGUACAUUAACUCUUCUUGCACAGGUCUGUGGUAAGAGUCAUCCAGCUUUGUGGUUACUUCCAUGUCACAAUCCUCCUCGUUACUCGUACCGUAAAGAUGCUCAUUUAAUUGACCAUCAAGUUUAGGGGUUUAAUAAGCCUGAGGGAGAAAUGCAUGUUCCAAAUGUCCUGAAAUCAAUUUUUUAGGCAGCAAUGAAUCAACUCGUCGGUAAAACUGAUCAAACCUAACAACUGUAAAUCAAAUGGUCACUCAAUGGGCGCAUACCUACUUGAUUUCAGUCAAUGGUGUGGCAAUAUUUACAAUUCUUUUAAUAAACUAGUCUUAGAUUUGUCAUUAGGUUAGUUUAUCAUUUCUAACUAUGCCCAAAGCCUAUUGAAAGCAAUAAUCAGAAGAAUUGGAAGCAACUUUUAACAAUCCAUUUCGUAAAUAACAUUCAAGACAAAUUAUAGUGGUAUGCUUGUUGUUGGAUGUCUUGCACUGAUCGAAACUGAAUCAACUAUUGUUCGAAGCACUCAAUUUUGAACAUUUUAAAAUCUGUAAUCUGUGAAUAAAUUUGUUAAUUAAUUACAAGAUUCAAAUAACGAUAGAUCAAUUUUGCAAAGAAAAUUGAUUUCAUAGUUGGAUGGACAUGACGUUUUCUUAUGUACAAAAACACAUAGUUAAUACUGAUAAUGGAAAUUGAAUGCAAUUCAAAUUAAAUUCUUUUGCUUCCAUCAAGAAUUAUGGAUUUCAAAAGUCUGGAAAUGAUCAAUUAUGAUUCAACUGUCGAGAACAUAGCAAAUUGUAUAUCGUCGAUUUGCUGAGAAAAUUCAUGACAGAAAGACGAACUUAAUUAGUAGCAGAUACAUAUCAAGUCGAAAUUUUUUGUAUUGUUGAUUCCAUGACUCAAAUCUGAAUAAGUUAUAUUGCGAUGCGAAGUUGACAUUUGCUAAUUGGUACAUCUUCUAGGGUUUUUUUUUUUUUUCUUUUUAAAUAUAAUACCCAACUUUUCGCUGAUGCAAUCUAGUCAAUUUUCGCAGCAAGACGACGUUAAAAAUACUGUAAUUUUGGUAGAUACCCAAAAAAACUUCCCAAUUAUAUAUUUAUUUACAAUCAAAUUGAUCAAUCUAAGAUGAAAAUCAUUAAUUAAGAUUUUAAAUAACUUAUUGAACUGAAAUUGACUAAUCGCACAUUAAUAUAUUAAAAUAUUUAAUUUCUUAUCAUAAUCAUUCAAAGUUGGAGAUGGUAUAUCAUUCCAUUGAUUGUCAACAAUAGGUUUAUAUUGUAAUUCUUUAAGACUCUUAAAUUAAGAGUUUCACUUAAAGUGGAAUACACAUUGUAGAUUUACAUGAGUAGGCAGUAUUUAUGUUAAGUUUUUAUUUUCCCAAAGCAUGAUUUUGUUUUGAUAAAGCUUUAUGUUAUCAAGUAUUGAAUGUAAAAUUAAAAAAAAUGCAAAACAA